AUGUCCUCAGAAGUCUCUUCGACCGUAGAAUCAUCACUCAAGGACAAUGAGUUCUUUCCAUCGGCAGAGGAGUUGGAAACCUAUUACAAUAUGCUGGAAAAUGGUGCUAUUUUGGAAUUAGAAUGGGAAUGUCCAGGUCGACGGCCACCCUCGCCGGACAUAAAAAGCAGUAACAAGGAGCCAAGCAAUUCGGCCGAUGUCACCGAACCAAAUGAUCCCAUGAAACCGAAUGAUUUUGACUUCAGUGAUGAUGUUGCCCAACCACUGCGUCGCCAUGGUACACCUAAAUCAAAAUCGGUUAAAAAGAAAACAGCAAAUUUUGCCGGUGUUAUGGAAGCGUUGAAGAAGAAAAACGCUGAGGGUUCUAACUGACAGGGCGACUGGCC